AGGAAUUAAAGAGAAGAAAAGUUUGGAAAUGGAUCGAAGAAGGUAAGAAAGAAUCAAUUUUUUCUCAUCUUUCGUUACGUUUUGGAUCAGGAAAAACAGGAAGAAGUUGGCGCUUAUGCGAUAGCAAAAUCAGGGCCUUUAAUCUUCUCGAUUCCCAAACAAACCCGUCAAUUUCGGGAAGAAUCAGAGGAAAUUUUGAUGGAAAAUUCCAAUAGGGUUGAAGCAGAACGCUUGCUUGGAAUCGCUGAAAAACUCUUGCACAGCCGUGAUUUCACCGGCUCCAGAGAUUUCGCUAUCUUAGCUCAAGAAACUGAGCCCCUUUUGGAUGGCUCCGAUCAGAUCUUAGCUGUUGCCGAUGUGUUAUUGGCGUCGGAAAAGCGAAUCAACAACCACAAUGAUUGGUAUUCCAUUCUUCAGAUUGAACGACGAUCUGACGAUCCAGAUCUCAUCAAGAAGCAGUACCGGAAACUUGCGUUACUUCUACAUCCCGAUAAGAACAAAUUUCCCUUUGCUGAUCAAGCUUUCAAGUUGGUCGCGGAUUCAUGGGCUGUAUUGUCCGACCAUUCGAAGAAAUCGCUUUACGAUAACGAGCUUAACCUCUUCGCUAAGAUCGAUUUGUCUCAGCAGAACAAAUUGCCUGUGCGUCGAAGCCAACGAUCAAGUGGGAAGAAACAGCAAGGGUUUGAGAGUAACGACAGCGCCAGCGCCAACGCCAACGCCAACGCCAACGCCAACGCCGAUCUAUCUCCGAAUCAGCGGCUGAAAUUAUCGAGUUUCUGGACCGCUUGCCCUUACUGUUACGUGUUAUUUGAGUAUCCUAGGGUUUAUGAGGGUUGCUGUUUACGGUGUCAGAAUUGCAAGAGGGCAUUUCAGGCGGUGUUACUUCCGUCGCUUCCGCCGCUCGUUCAGGGCCAGGAAGCCUACUAUUGUUGCUGGGGUUUCUUUCCGAUGGGUUUUGCAGCUCAAUGUACCGAGAAAAGUGGGAAGGGCAGCGAAACAAAGCCACCAACAGCGUCGUUCCCCAAUUGGAUGCCCCCAAUAUUUUCUAACAAGCCUCAAGAAGCUAGUAGGAAUGGAGAAACGGCAGCGGUGGCGGCGGUAGCGGUGGCGGCGGAGGAGACGCCAACAGUUAGAGAGGGAGCGGCGGUGAAUGCUCCUCCCGUUGCCAGGGCUCCGAUAGUGCGUGGCACUGGCACAGGUAAGAAGAGGGGCAGGCCGCGGAAAAAUCCGAUUGCAGCCUAAGUUAUUGUAAAAUUUUUCGAGAAUAACGAUAAUAUUUAUGGAGCCGGUUGGAAAUGUCUGAUUCUCUCGUUGUUGUAGUCUUUAUAUUAAGCGGUUAUGUCCAGGCGAGUUAGAACAAAGAAGGCUGAAGCUGGGGAAAACUGAGGUAACUUUUUGGUGUAAUGUUGGGCCUUCUGUUUUUUUAUGUUGAUUUUAGGCUUCAAAUGUAGAAACUAGAUGGGUAGUUCCUGAUUUUCGUCUGCAUGUUGAUAUGUAAUAUGUAACUUUAUUCAAACCACCAAUGAUAAUUUGAAGUUCUUCAUCCAA